AUGAGAUUGCAUUUAAAAAAAACUAUAGUAUUGGUAACUAUUUGUUUGGUCCUAAUAUUAUGGAAGAAAAAGCCAGUAUAUUCCAAGAUCAUCAAAGUGAGUGCUAAAGAUCAUUGCUCCCUAUUAAAUAUCAAACAAUUUGAUCCAUUAAUUUAUAAGAGAAAGAAAUGGAUAAAAGAUAAAACAAGAGAAGCAAGGAGGUUACAUAAACAUGAUGGUUAUGAUUAUAUUACUGAAGUUAAUAAUGAAUUUAAUAAACUAAGAAAAGAGCAAGCUGAAAUUGAAAAACUGUUGAUUGAAAAUUUAUGUCGAUUGAAAAAUUGUGUUACAACUGAAACUGGUGAAGGUAGAGGUAUUGUUAUACUUGUAGAAAAUGUGGAAAAUGUGAAAAAUGUUUUACGAUUGGUUAAAGUUUUAAAUACAGGUUUACCUAUUGAGUUUAUUGUUAAAUCUGAAAUUGAAGGUUUAAAACAAUAUGGGAAAGUAAUUAAAACUGAUGGUUCAUUACUUCUGGCAGCUAUAUAUAAUACAUUUGAUGAGUUCUUGAUAGUUUCUGAGCAUGUACUUCCUUUUGAAAUUGAACAAGUUUUUGAAUUUGAUAGAUUUAAAGAAACUGGUGUUUAUUUAUUUAAAAGUCCAACAAUUUUAAGUAAUAGAGUUACAAAGUUUAAACCAGGUUUUCAUGAAAGUGCCAGUUUAAUAAAGAAGUUGGUAUCAGGUAAAGGUUAUACCAGUAGAUUUUUUGAUUUACAGUUUCUGAAUAUUAUGGAUCAACAUUUAAUAGCAAUGAAGAAAAGCAAAGUAGUACCUGGGUUGAAAAUUGCAGAAUAUAUGAGUAAUCAAGAUUUAAUAAAGCUAAGAGUAUCUGGGUCUGAUUUGAUUUGGCUUGGUUUAGAAAUUUCUGGUAUUAAAGUUCCAUUUAAUUAUAAUCACGCUGUUGCUACUGGUAUUUACAUUGAUGGAGAAAUAUGUUCAAGUUCUCAUGGUCAAGUAUCUGAUAAUGAUGAUGUUACUUUAUUAUAUGUCACUACAUAUCAAUUAGAAAAUUCAUUCAAUUCGAAAUUUAGAUUUCUUUUAGAAAGGUAUAAAAUUAAAAAGACUGCACAUGUUAGUAUAUUUGAUAAAGCAACAAGUAUAGAUAGAAUAGAUACAUCUGUAUAUUCAAAGGUUAUUAAAAAUCCUUUGGUUAUUGAAAAUUUAAUUAAACCUCCAAUAUUAUCAAGAAAAGUUUAUGUACAUAGUUUUGAUGAACCUGAUGAAGCAUGGAUGUUACAAAAGAACAAUUUUAACAUAUUUCCUUAUUAUUGUGUUUAUGAAUCAAUUGGGGAUCCAUUGAAAGAAGGUAGUAGAGGUUUAACUGUUAAUGUCGAUGAAGAAUUGCAAAAGAGAUAUGAACAAAUUGUAAAUAAAUGGCUAGAGUAA